UAGAGUACAUACCGUCUCCUCCGUGGUCUCGGGCGGCGCUGUUGAUGAACCCCCGCCAUGUCCUCGAGCUCCUGCGCCAGUGCCGCUCCAUCCGACACCUCGACCAGCUCCAGGCCCACCUCCUCGCCCACGGCCCAUCCGCCGUGGCCUCCCUCGCCUCCCAGCUCGUCGCCUCCUACUGCGCGCUCUCCGGUGGCGCCGGACACGUGGGACUCUGCCACGCCCGCCGCCUGUUCGACAGAGUUCCCGACCCGGACAGGUUCGCGUACAACCGCCUUAUCAGGGCGUACUCCAACAGCGGUUGCCCCCAGGAGGCGCUGUGCCUGCACCGCGACGCCCUCCGGCGUGGCAUCCUGCCGAACGAGUUCACGCUGCCCUUCGUGCUCAAGGCGUGCGCCCGGGCGCGGGCCGCAGAGCAUGCGGUGGCCACCCAUGGAGUGGCUGUCAAGCUGGGGUAUGUGCGGCAGGUGUUCGUGGGAAACGCACUUCUGCACUCAUAUGCGUCGGUCGGGUCGCUGAGGGACUCUAGGCGGUUCUUUGCCGAGAUGGCGCCAGACAGGAAUGUCGUGUCAUGGAACACGAUGAUCGGAGGAUGUGCACAGGCAGGGGAGACCAGCGAGGUGUGCGCCUUGUUUGGAGAGAUGAGGCGCCAAGGAGUGUUGGCCGAUGUGUUCACGUUCGUCAGCCUGCUUCUCGUUUGCUCGAGUGAGGGAAAUCUUGAGGUUGGUCGGCUGGUGCAUUGUCAUAUGUUGGCUAGUGGGUCCCGGGUAGAUCUGAUUCUUGGCAAUGCACUGGUAGACAUGUACGGUAAGUGCGGGGAUCUGUGGAUGGCUCAUAGAUGCUUUGACAUGAUGCCCAUAAAGAAUGUCGUUUCGUGGACUUCCAUGCUUUGUGCCCUGGCAAAACAUGGCUCUGUUGAUGCUGCGAGAGAUUGGUUUGAGCAGAUGCCGGAGAGGAACAUAGUCUCCUGGAAUGCCAUGAUCUCUUGCUAUGUUCAGGGUGGCCGAUUCCGUGAAACUUUGGGUAUUUAUAACCGUAUGAAAUCUCUAGGUCUCACUCCAGAUGAGGCUACCUUGGCUGGUGUCCUCUCUGCCCAUGGACAAAAUGGUGAUUUGGCCUCUGGAAGGAUGAUACAUUGUUAUAUUAAAGAUAAUUUUAGUGAUCCUGGUGUCACUCUACUUAACUCACUUCUUGAUAUGUAUGCAAGAUGUGGUCAGGUAGACACAUCCAUAAGCUUGUUCACUGAGAUGCCCAAUAAAAACACUAUCUCUUGGAAUGUGCUUAUUGGAGCGCUAGCCAUGCAUGGGCGUGCACAAGAGGCAGUCAUGUUCUUCAGAGCUAUGAUAUCUGAUGCCUUCUCCCCUGAUGAGAUCACAUUUGUCGGUCUUCUUUCUGCAUGCAGUCAUGGUGGUCUACUAGAAGAUGGACAGUAUUACUUCAAAGCCAUGAGACAUGUUUACAAUGUUAAGCCUGAAGUUGAGCACUACGCUUGCAUGGUUGAUCUGCUUGGUCGGCGUGGCCAUCUUGCAAAAGCUGUUGAUCUGAUAAAAGAUAUGCCAAUGAAGCCUGAUGUUGUGGUUUGGGGUGCAUUAAUUGGAGCCUGCAGGAUCCAUGGCAAUGUAGAGAUCGGCAAGCUAGCGAUCAAACAACUGCUUGAGCUGGAGGGAAUGAAUGGAGGCUUGUUUGUCCUAAUUUCUAAUUUAUUGUAUGAAACUCACCAGUGGGAGGACAUGAGAAGGCUCAGGAAGCUAAUGAGAGAGCGGGGAACAAAAAAGGAUAUGGGUGUUAGUUCAAUUGAAGUAAAUAACAGCAUACAUGAAUUUGGAGUGGAAGACACCAGACAUGAAAGCUCAAGUGAGAUAUACGAGGCAGUUGAUCAGUUGGCAUAUCAUUUAGUCUCUCUGCAUGUCCUGGCUGUGCAGCCUGUAGAACUCAUCAUGGAAGAGUGAAAUAAGUUAUUUAGGAGUGCUCCAAUAGCCAUUCUGAGCCUGAUGCAGAGCAUGGGCUGCAAAGGUAUAUAUUCAUAUCAAGUAGCCUGUCUGUGGAAACCUGAAGGCUUUCUGCAGAUACCAUGGUUCACUGGGGCAAUCAACUCAAUCAACUCAACCGACUGUACGGACAGUUAGGUCAGUGGCAUUACAUCGACAACACUCAGGAUUCUCUGCAUCGGCUGUGAUGUCUCACCAAUAUCUAGAGAAACUAAAGCUCAUAAACAGUAAGUUCAUCAAACCGGAAGGACCGCCAGAGAUCAUCCUGACUGCUAAUCACCUAAUGAAUUACUCCCUAGGGAUGGGCUUGUCUAAGAAAGAUGAUGUGCUCAAUGAUCUCUAGAUUGUCCCCACUUCUGGGUACGGUACUGAGCUUGUUUUGGAACCAGAGCUUGAGUUCAUGUUACAAACCACCAAGAUGCCUCUUAAAGCAACUGUGGAAUAUUCAAGGCACUUCAGCUAUUCUCUGGAGAGGAGGAUGAAGCCACUGUUUUGGGUAAUUGAGUAUAGAAGCAUAUACCGCAGUCUGACAGACAUAUUUGCAUAAAACAAUGAGCUUUUUGCUGAAGCCUACUUGGUUGACUUACAAUCGAGGUAAGGUUGUUAAUUGACUUUCAUAAAGAGCUAACCAUGUUGUCAUGCCUGAUUAUACAUAUUUAUGCUUCCAUCUGGGGAGGCUGUUUUUUGAGAUGCAAAGCCACUUCAACGGUGUUGAUCAUUCAGAUGGCAAGCACUGUAUACCGCAUGAAACCAGAAGAUAAAGAUUUUUCAUGGUCUUAACUCACUGUUAGAACACCAGUUUUUCGUAAUUGGAGAAUACUUUAAGAACUGGCUGACAAACACCUUUAUUUUUCACCAUGCAAAGUUUUCGGUAGUAGUCAUGGCUGACUUUUCAUGCUACUGGAGCUCCAGCAUGUUGCCAGGGUUCUGCACAUAUAUGCCCAGCCAAGGUCAAGAUUUUAGGAUUAGGACAUUUGAAUGUGCAUGACUUUUUCUCAAAUCUCAACAGGGGCUAUUCUGGGUGGAAUUUCAAUGAAAAGUCAACUGGAUGUAUAUGUUGAUAUGUUUUCACUUCUUUUUUUCUCUUUUAAUUCAAGCUGCUGCGGCACGAAGAGAAGUCGAUCUGUUAUCCUGACUGACACUUUUUUUUUGAAGGAAUCCUGAUUGAUAGUUGCA